AGACGUAGACGGCAUUUGUUUUUGCGGCAUGAGAGGAGACUAUUCUGAGGGGCGAAAAAGAAGCUGCAUUAGUUAGAUGAAGGCUUGUUCCCUCCACACCCACAACGAACAACUGAGAGAGUAUUCCAACGCCAGGUAUUGGGUUUUAUUGACGAGGUGACCGGUCUACUACGAGCACUUCUUAUUGGUUCUUACGCUGGCGUCAAGAUGAUUGGAUGUGAGACGAUGGCGACCUUCUUAUGAAAGAACAAAAUCAAUGCUCUUGACUUGUCGAUAUUCAUGCUUGCAGUACACGUCAUGCAGCCAUUUUGUAAUCUUGUGGCGCCUCCAUUUGGAUAUCGACGACAACCAUUUAGACUACAGAACAACAACAUCCCACACCCCUGCUUUCAUACCCUUGUUACAACCACGAAGACGCUCUCCUGCACUUUACGGAGCCCAUGGGACGCAGCAUUACGAGCUGUCUGGUCCACAAUCACUUUCGGCUACGUGUUGCGCCGUUGCAGGCACACCUAUGUAGCUAGAUUGUUGUAGAUUGUUGACCUUACUACAUAGUAGUUCACAGUGACGAGUUUUUGUAUAGUUUCUUCA